AUGGGCGGAAAACAGACCAAAACAGAACCCCUCGUGUUCCAUAACGAGCCUGCGGUUCCUAUACAGUUUUCAUCCAACUUUUUACGACAAUUACAAGGCUUGCCACCAGACAAUAGCGUGUUUCCUUCAUCUGGGACAUCACCAUCAGAAGAAGAUUUGGACUCGAUUAUAAACAAGAGGGUGCAAUACGAGAACGAUUUGCAACGCCAACGACGUGCUGCCUAUGAACAGAGGUCGGCUGACCAAGUUGCUCGUGAAGCUGAUGAUUUGAUACGAAGAGCAAGAGGAGUAUCUCUACCAACUCCAAAACCAGAGUACAUAGAAAAAGAGCAAUCUGUUAUUGAUUGCUAUAAGAAGAAUCCAGGCAGGCCAUUAGAUUGUUGGCGUGAAGUGGAAGAGUUCAAGCUGGUGGCGAAGAAGGCUGAAAAGGACUUUGUCCUGGGAUUAUAG